CGAGGCUAUCAACUGUAAGCUUCAGAGGAAAAUCACUGACUUUUCAUAUUCAAACAUUCUUCAACACAUCGAGACAAUGUCUGACUUUGAUCUGUCUCAAGCUUUAGACAGCCCGACCAACUCAGUCGAGAUGGGAUUUGAAUCUUGCGACUCUUUAAAUAUGACGGAGGUUCAGGAGAAGAUCAUCAGACACGACUGCGGACUGGAGAGGUUGGUUUCCCACGACCCCAAAACGCUGAAGUCCGUCACCACCGUUCUGCUGGCGGUCAACAGGAUGAAGUGGCCUCUAACUCACCACGGCAGGGAGCUCAGCGGUGACGAGCUCUGCAGCGCCCUCAUGGAGAGCCUGGUGACCGAAACCAUCGUCAUGACGACGGGGACAUCGGCGAAGGCAGGACGGAACAAAUACGAGCGAGUCAUCAGCAAUGAGAGUUGCACUCUGUGUGACUUGUCACAGAAGGUCGUCGGCCUCAAUUCUGGAACCUCAGAACUGCAGGCCAUCGUUCUGAAAGGAGGACAAGGUGAACACAGAGUGACUUUUAAAAUGGCAAACUACUUGAAUCCCAACGUCUCACCUGAAGCACGUUUGGCUGUCCGCCUGUCCAUCAACGACAACCAGCACAUCUCCUGCUUUAUGGAAGACGGCAAAGCUGUGUUGAAGCUGAAGGAAUGCUGUAAACAAGAGUUGCGAAAUAUCAGCGCUGAUGGAGACAUGGUCCAUUUCCUCUUCUACAGGAAAACUAUGGGAACCAGUGUGAACACUUUUGAGUCCGUUAAAUGUCCCGGCUGGUUCAUCAGCACCUCCUGUCAGGAUGACAAGUCAGUGGAGAUGUGUAAAGUGGACUCCAGCCAGGCCCCCAGCCGUUGCACCUCCUUCAAAAUUAACUAAAAACAUAUUGCUGUAGUAGAGUUUGAAUGUUUCCAGAAUUAUGCUGAUUUAUUAUUUUAUCUUUAUUCUGCUUCACCACCAGAUGGAGCAAUUUGUCUUUAAUGUAAACUGAUAGUAGUAGUGAAAACACGCUCUAAUAAUCCACUAAAAAUUGUUUUACUUUAAAUUAUUUUUAACACUGACUUAAAUGUUUCGUACUAAAAAAAUGUAUCUCAUUUGAAAGAGAGAGUUGUUACAGGAUAUUCCUUGUAAUUUGUUUUGGUUAUUAUUGUAAAUAAAGUUAAAUUAAUUUCUCUA